GUGCUCCAAGUUCAGCAAAUGCAAUUUUAAUCGAGUCCCUGUCCUUGGGAAAGAAUACGAGGGUCCUUAGUCCCUUCAUGCAGUACGCAGCUCAAAAUAUUAAGUCUUAGGGACUCAGCUUGGAAAUACGUUCCGCUUCAUUUUAGUGCUCCAGCCUCUUUAAAUACUAAUCUCAGGCAGUGUCUAGCUGCACGCAGCCAGCAGUAUUUUUAUUUCAAGCUAAGAGAUUAAAUUCAGAGACAGAUGCCAAACCUGGAGAUGCUUCCAUUUCUAAUAGGAGGUAUCAAGUUAGAUAUGCUUUGUAGACCUAGUUAGGGGGCCACACAAUUUCCCAAGGGACAAUUGAAAACACAGGCUCCAAAUAAGAUCCGUUCAGUUACAGAGUUCUGGUGGCCCCCUGAGAUUGUUCUCUUAGCCCUUACAGGGGGCCCUGGUCCCAGACGAUGGUCCCAUUCUCGGGGAGCUUCUGGCUGCUUAGCUAACUCGUGUCUAGCAGGAUUAGGGAUCGGAGGACCAGAAGGAAAGGGACCUGCUUCUGGGCUCCAACGCCUGGAGGCCAGGUCAGAACCCUUUGCCCCCACCUAAGCCCCGCCCACUCUGCGUUGUCUUCUGGGUUCCGACCUCUCUUCCCAGCAUGCAUUGCUCCAGACGAAGCCAGUCCCGCGCCAAGCGCGCGGUCUGAGAGCCUUUCCCGACGUCCUUUGCACGGCAUCUGGCCACAAAAUGGCUGCCCGAGGGAGACGGGCGGAGCCUCCGGGUCGGGAGGCGCCCGGCCCGGCGGGCAGCGGCAGGAGCCGAUGGGCUGAGUCGGGGCCGGGAACGUCACCCGAGAGUGGGGACGACGAGGUGUCGGGCUCGAGUCCGGUGUCCAGCGGUGUGAACUUGUUUGCCAACGAUGGCAGCUUCCUGGAGCUGUUCAAGCGGAAGAUGGAGGAGGAGCAGCGGCAGCGGCAGGAGGAGCCACCCCCGGGCCCGCAGCGACCCGAUCCACCGGCCUCCGCCGCGGCGGGCCCAGGGAAUCCGAAGAGGAAGGGCGGUGGGCAAGCGCAGAGGCGGGAACAAACUAGCCCUCAAGACGGGAAUAGUAGCCAAGAAGCAGAAGACGGAGGAUGA